GUGCCGUAGACUACCUAAAGGCCUCCAGCACUGGCAAGCAUUUUUAGAUCUCAAGAAAAAAAUCGAUGAUUUUAGUGAGUGUUGUCCUUUGUUGGAAAUGAUGACCAACAAAGCAAUGAAGCAAAAGCACUGGAAUUGUAUUGCUGAAACAACAGGACAUCAAUUUGAUAUAGAAUCUGAAUCCUUUUGCCUUCGAAACAUCCUGGAAGCACCAAUUCUUAAACAUAGAGAUGAUAUUGAGGACAUAUGCAUAUCUGCUACAAAGGAAAAGGAUAUAGAAACCAAACUAUCUCAAAUAGCUGACAUUUGGGGAAGCCAAAUUCUGAGCUUUUCAUCAUUCAAAGGGAGAGGAGAGUUACUGUUAAAGGGAACUGAAUCGUUGGAUAUUAUAAUGUUGAUGGAGGACAGUUUAAUGAUUCUUGGCUCUUUACUGACCAAGAGAUAUAACGCACCAUAUAGAAAUGAAAUUCAGAGCUGGAUUUAUAAACUAAGCAGAUCUACAGACAUAAUUGAAGAAUGGCUGGUUGUACAGAAACUCUGGAUUUAUCUUGAAGCUGUUUUUGUAGGGGGAGAUAUCGCAGAAGAGUUACCCCAGGAAGCGAAACGUUUUCAGAAUAUUGAUAGAACAUGGAUAAGAAUAAUGCAACGAGCUCGUGAAAACCCCAAUGUAAUUAACUGCUGUGUUGGAGAUGAGACUAUGGAGCAACUUCUCCCUCAUUUGCAUGAAGAGUUGGAAAUAUGUCAGAAAUCCCUUACAGGGUACUUAGAGAAGAAAAGACUACUGUUUCCUAGGUUCUUUUUUAUUUCUGAUCCUGCCCUUCUUGAAAUUCUUGGACAAGCAAGUGAUUCUCACACAAUUCAGCCACAUCUGCUUUCCGUAUCUGACAAUAUAAAUGAAGUUGACUUUCACCCAGAGGAUUAUGAUCGCAUACUGGCAGUCAUAUCGAGAGAAGGAGAAAAAAUUCCAUUGGACACUCCAGUGAUUGCAAAGGGACCGGUGGAACUUUGGUUGCAGGAUUUAUUGCGUGUGCAGCAGGUUUCAUUGCACGGCAUCAUUAGGGCAGCGUAUUACCAAAUUAGUGACUCAGGAUUUCAGUUGCUGGAUUUUCUUAAUCGCUUCCCAGCACAGGUUGGUUUACUGGGAAUUCAAAUGUUGUGGACACAUGAUUCAGAAGAAGCUCUACAGAAUGCUAAAGAGGAUGGAAAAAUCAUGCAAGUAACCAACAGGAGAUUUCUGGGGAUUCUGAAUAUGUUGAUUAGACAAACCACGCAUGAUCUUUCCAAGUUUGACAGAGUGAAAUUUGAAACGCUUAUUACCAUUCAUGUGCAUCAGCGUGAUAUUUUUGAUGAUUUGGUAAAAAUGUGCAUCAAAUCACCAACUCAUUUUGAAUGGUUAAAGCAGUCUAGAUUCUACUUUAAAGAGAAUCUUGAUCGAGUCUUGGUAUCCAUUACAGACGUUGAUUUUGUUUACCAAAAUGAAUUUCUGGGUUGCACUGAUCGUCUGGUUAUAACACCUCUUACAGACAGGUGCUAUAUAACUUUAGCGCAGGCUUUGAGAAUGAACAUGGGAGGAGCUCCAGCAGGACCAGCUGGAACUGGCAAAACAGAAACAACGAAAGACAUGGGAAAGGCUCUGGGAAAAUACGUAGUAGUCUUUAACUGCUCUGAUCAAAUGGACUUCAGAGGUUUGGGUAGGAUUUUCAAAGGUCUUGCACAGUCCGGAUCUUGGGGAUGUUUUGAUGAAUUCAACCGAAUUGAGUUGCCUGUCUUGUCAGUAGCAGCACAACAAAUCUAUAUUAUUUUGACAGCAAGAAAAGAAAGAAAAAAGCAGUUCAUUUUUUCUGAUGGAGACUGCGUAGAUUUAAAUCCAGAGUUUGGAAUUUUCCUAACAAUGAAUCCUGGAUAUGCUGGACGUCAAGAACUACCAGAAAAUCUCAAAAUUCAGUUUAGAACUGUCGCAAUGAUGGUUCCGGAUAGACAGAUAAUUAUAAGAGUUAAGCUUGCAAGUUAUGGAUUUAUCGAGAAUGUGAUCUUGUCUCAGAAAUUCUUUGUUCUUUAUAAACUUUGUGAGGAGCAGCUCACUAAGCAGGUCCAUUAUGACUUUGGUCUGAGGAAUAUCCUUUCAGUACUGAGGACUCUUGGAUCCCAAAAGAGGGCCAGGCCAAACGAAAGUGAACUAAGUGUUGUUAUGAGAGGGCUAAGAGAUAUGAAUCUUUCUAAGCUGAUAGAUGAAGAUGAGCCUUUGUUCCUCAGUCUUAUCAACGAUGUCUUUCCGGGGUUACAGUUGGACAGCAGUACCUAUGCUGAGCUUCAGGCUGCAGUAGGUAAUCAGGUUGAAGAGGCAGGAUUGAUAAACCAUCCACCAUGGAAUCUUAAGCUUGUUCAGUUAUAUGAAACAUCUCUAGUACGCCACGGGCUGAUGAUACUUGGACCUAGUGGAUCUGGAAAAACAACGGUCAUAACUAUAUUAAUGAGAGCACUGACAGAAUGUGGCCAGCCUCACAGAGAAAUGCGUAUGAAUCCCAAAGCUAUUACUGUUCCUCAGAUGUUUGGAAAAUUAGAUGCUGCAACUAAUGAUUGGACAGAUGGAAUCUUUUCUACACUGUGGAGGAAAACACUGAAAGCUAAAAGGGGUGAAAAUGUGUUUCUGGUUUUAGAUGGCCCUGUAGAUGCAAUCUGGAUUGAGAAUCUAAAUUCAGUUUUGGAUGAUAACAAGACCCUCACUUUAGCAAAUGGAGAUCGAAUUCCUAUGUCUCCUACAUGUAAACUGUUAUUUGAGGUCCACAACAUUGAGAAUGCCUCUCCAGCGACAGUUUCUCGAAUGGGUAUGAUCUAUAUCAGUUCUUCUGCCCUCAGCUGGAGACCAAUAUUGCAAGCAUGGCUGAAAAAACGUUCUUCUCAAGAAGCUGAAGUUUUACAAAAUUUGUAUGAUAGAAUCUUUGAACCAGCAUAUACAUACAUGAAACUAAACCUUAAUCCAAAAAUAGAGCUUCUGGAAUGUAACUACAUCAUGCAGUCUAUCAAUCUUCUGGAGGGUUUGAUUCCAUCGAAGGAAGAAGGUGGUUUAUCAACUACAUUUCAACUGCAUAAAUUGUUCUGCUUUGCAAUAAUGUGGAGUUUAGGUGCCCUUCUGGAGUUAGACAGCAGAGAUAAACUUGAAGCCUUCAUUAGAGCACAUGACAACAAAUUAGACUUACCAGAAAUCUCCCCUGGCACCAGUCAAACAAUGUAUGAGUUUUAUGUUACUGAUAAUGGUGACUGGGAGCACUGGAGUAAAAGGGUUCAGGAAUAUGUUUAUCCAACAGAUACUGUUCCAGACUAUGCAUCUAUUCUCGUUCCAAAUGUUGACAGUGUCAGAACUCAGUUUUUGAUAAACACAAUUGCAAAACAACAGAAAGCGGUUUUGCUCACAGGAGAACAGGGAACUGCAAAGACAGUCAUGAUUAAGGCGUAUCUGAAGAAAUACGACCCAGAAGAGCAUUUGUCAAAAUGUUUAAACUUUUCAUCUGCCACAGAACCAUUCAUGUUUCAGAGGACAAUAGAAAGUUAUUUGGACAAACGCAUUGGAAGUACUUAUGGACCUCCUGGAGGCAGAAAAAUGACUAUUUUUAUUGAUGAUAUCAAUAUGCCAUUUGUCAAUGAAUGGGGAGAUCAGGUAACAAAUGAAAUAGUUCGUCAGAUGAUGGAAAUGAAAGGAAUGUACAGCUUGGAUAAACCCGGAGACUUCACUACAGUUGUAGAUGUACAACUAAUAGCAGCGAUGAUACACCCUGGAGGAGGCCGUAAUGAUAUCCCCCAGCGUUUAAAAAGACAGUUUUGUGUAUUCAAUUGUACAUUGCCAUCCAACGCGUCCAUCGACAAAAUUUUUGGUGUUAUUGGCUGUGGAUACUUUCAUUCCUGUAGAAAAUUCAACCCUGAAGUAUGUGAUAUGGUAAAAAAAUUGGUCCCAACAGGCAGAAUAUUGUGGCAGUGGACAAAGACAAAGAUGCUGCCUACACCGUCUAAAUUCCACUAUAUCUUCAACCUUCGAGACCUGUCUAGAAUUUGGCAAGGAAUGCUAACUAUAAAGGCGGAAGAAUGCAGCAACAGCACUGUCCUUCUCAUGCUUUUUAAACAUGAAUGUACCAGAGUAAUUGCUGACAGAUUUAUUACUCCUGAAGAUACAGCCUGGUUUGAUAAAACUAUUACUAAAGCAAUUGAGGAAUAUGUGGACACAGCCUUAACAGAAGUUCUCCAAGCUGAACCAUAUUUUGCAGAUUUUUUACGGGAGAUGCCUGAACCAACUGGUGAUGAACCAGAGGAUUUUGUGUUUGAACCACCAAAAAUUUAUGAGGAGAUUCCAAGCUUUGAAUUUCUUUGUGAAAAAUUGCAAAUGUAUCAGAGACAAUACAAUGAAUGUAUUAGAGGAUCAUUUCUUGAUUUGGUGUUUUUUAAGGAUGCAAUGACACAUCUUAUUAAGAUUUCCAGGAUAAUUCGGACAGCGUAUGGAAAUGCUUUACUUGUUGGGGUUGGUGGUUCUGGAAAACAAAGUCUUUCAAGGUUGGCCUCCUUUAUUGCUGGCUAUAAAAUAUUUCAGAUCACCUUAACGAGAACCUAUAAUGUAAGCAAUCUCUCAGAUGAUUUAAAAUUGUUGUAUAGAACAGCUGGAGUAGAAGGAAAAGGCAUCACUUUUAUUUUCACUGAUAAUGAGAUAAAAGAGGAGUCGUUUUUGGAAUAUGUCAAUAAUCUGCUGUCUUCAGGAGAGAUUUCUAAUUUAUUCGCUCGGGAUGAAUUGGAUGAAAUCACCCAAGGAUUAAUACCUGUGAUGAAAAAAGAGAUGCCUCGGUGUCCUCCUACUUCUGAUAAUCUUUAUGAAUACUUUUUAACUCGGGCAAAGAAGAACUUGCAUAUUGUCCUCUGCUUUUCUCCAGUUGGUGAGAAGUUUCGUGCACGUUCUUCGAAAUUUCCUGGUCUCAUAUCAGGGUGCACCAUGGAUUGGUUCAGUCAAUGGCCCAAGGAAGCUCUUGUAGCUGUAGCCAGUUAUUUUCUUUCAGAAUUUAAUAUGGUCUGCUCUACAUCAGUUAAAACACAAGUGGUGGAAACCAUGGGUGUCUUUCAUGAUAUAGUUUCAGAAAGCUGUGAGAACUAUUUCCAAAGGUAUCAAAGAAGAGCAUACGUAACACCUAAAUCCUAUAUCUCUUUCAUCAAUGGCUACAAAGAAGUUUAUACUGAAAAGUUAAAGAGUAUUAGUGAACAAGCCGAACGUAUGCAAAUUGGUCUGUCUAAGCUGAUGGAGGCCAGUGAAUCUGUUGCUAAACUCUCUGAGGAGCUGGCUGUUAAGAAGAAGGAACUGACUUUGGCAUCUAUUAAGGCAGAUAAAGUACUAGCAGAAGUCACAGAACGUGCUGAAGCUGCAGCUAAAGUGAAAAAUGAAGUCCAAGGAGUGAAAGAUAAAGCACAAAAAAUCGUAGAUGAAAUUGAUUUAGAAAAAGUGAAAGCAGAGACUAAACUGGAGGCAGCCAAACCGGCAUUAGAAGCAGCAAAAGCUGCACUGAAUACCAUCAAACCGGUGGAUAUCGCUACUGUUAGAAAACUUGCAAAACCUCCUCACCUGAUUAUGAGAGUCAUGGACUGUUGUCUGCUGCUGUUCCAAAAGAAAGUAGAUCCAGUUACCACGGAUCCAGAAAAUCCUUGCUGCAAGCCAUCGUGGAAAGAAUCAUUAAAACUUAUGAGUGGCCCAUUCUUGCAGAGUCUACAGCAGUUUCCAAAGGAUUCAAUCAAUGAAGAGACAGUAGAAUUACUCCAGCCUUACUUUAACAUGGAAGACUAUACACUGGAGUAUGGUGAAAAGGUGUGUGGUAACGUGGCAGGACUCCUCUCUUGGACGCAAGCCAUGGCAAUAUUUUAUGGUGUUAACAGAGAAGUCUUGCCUCUUAAGGCUAACUUGGCAAAACAGGAAGGCCGCCUGAAAAUAGCUAAUGCAGAAUUAGCAGAGGCUCAGGAGGCAUUAGAUGAAAAGCAAGCUGAACUGGAUAAAGUGCAGGCCAAGUCUGAUGCAGCAAUGAAGGAGAAAAUGGACUUGCUGAAUGAUGCAGAAACAUGCAGAAGAAAGAUGCAAGCAGCCUCUGUGCUUAUAGAUGGACUGAGUGGAGAGAAAGUUAGGUGGACUCAGCAAAGUAAAGAAUUUAAAUCUCAGAUUAACAGGCUUGUGGGAGAUGUACUGCUCUGCACAGCUUUUCUUUCAUACUGUGGACCUUUUAAUCAAACCUUCAGGAAGCUUUUGCUUAAAGAUUUAUGGGAAGCAGAGAUAAGAGCCCAUGAAAUCCCCUUUUCUGAAAAUUUGAACCUGAUUUCUAUGUUGGUAGAUCUGCCAACAAUUAGUGAGUGGAAUCUUCAAGGACUGCCUGGAGAUGAUCUUUCAAUUCAGAAUGGUAUCAUUGUCACUAAGGCAACUAGAUACCCGCUUUUGGUAGACCCACAAACUCAAGGAAAAUCGUGGAUUAAAAAGAAAGAACAGGAUAACAAAUUACAGGUAACAACGUUGAAUGACAAGUAUUUCCGUACACACCUAGAAGACAGCCUUUCACUUGGACGAUCACUUGUGAUUGAAGAUAUAGGUGAAGAGUUGGAUCCUGUCCUUGAUAAUGUAUUAGAAAAGAAUUUCAUAAAAGCUGGAACUUCUUUUAAGGUGAAAGUUGGUGAUAAGGAAGUAAAUGUUAUGAGUUCAUUUAGACUGUACAUUACUACAAAGCUACCCAAUCCUGCUUUCACACCUGAAAUCAAUGCAAAAACGUCAAUUAUUGAUUUUACUGUUACAAUGAAAGGACUUGAGAAUCAGUUACUGAGAAGAGUAAUUCUUACUGAAAAAAAGGAGCAAGAGGCAGAACGAAUUCAACUCAUGAAAGAUGUAACUUUUAAUAAGAGGAAGAUGAAAGAACUGGAAGACAAUCUUCUGUACAAACUAAGUGCAACCAGAGGUUCACUAGUAGAUGAUGAAUCCUUGAUUGGUGUUCUGCAAACAACUAAGCAAACAGCUGCUGAAGUAGCUGAAAAGUUGUCUGUGGCAGCAGAAACUGAAGUGAAGAUUAACACUGCUCAGGAAGAAUAUCGACCUGUUGCUACACGUGGCAGCAUUCUUUAUUUUCUUAUUACAGAAAUGGGCAUGGUCAAUAAUAUGUAUCAGACUUCACUGGCUCAGUUCUUGAAGUUAUUUGAUCAGUCCAUGGCCAAAUCUAAGAAGUCUCCUUUACCUCAGAAAAGAAUCUCAAAUAUUAUUGAGUAUCUUACCUUUGAAAUUUACUCAUAUUUUGUUAGAGGCUUGUAUGAAAACCACAAAUUCCUCUUUACCCUCUUCCUGACGUUAAAAAUUGACCUUGAGAGAGGGCAUGUGAAAACCAGAGAAUUCUAUGCACUCAUUAGAGGAGGCGCAGCAUUGGAUCUACAGGCUUGCCCACCCAAACCGUUCUGCUGGAUUCUUGACAUGACGUGGUUGAACCUAGUGGAAUUGAGCAAACUUCCACAAUUUGCAGAAAUUUUGAAUCAGAUAGCCCGUAAUGGAAAGGGAUGGAAAAGUUGGUUUGAUAAAGAUGCUCCCGAGGAAGAAAUUAUACCUGAUGGAUAUAAUGAUUCACUUGAUACCUUUCGCAAGCUUUUACUCAUCAGAUCUUGGUGUCCAGACCGAACGCUUUCCCAAGCCAGGAAAUAUAUUGCAAAUUCCUUGGAUGAGAAAUAUACAGAACCCGUCAUUUUGAAUUUAGAGAAAACUUGGGAGGAAAGUGACACACGAACACCUCUCAUCUGUUUCUUGUCUAUGGGAUCUGACCCAACUAUUCAGAUUGAUUCCUUGGCUAGGAAGCUUAAAUUGGAAUGUAGGAUCAUCUCCAUGGGUCAAGGGCAAGAAGUCCAUGUACGCAAAUUCCUACAGAUGUCAAUGCAACAGGGAGGCUGGGUGUUACUUCAGAAUUGUCAUCUUGGCCUGGAUUUCAUGGAUGAACUACUGGAGACACUUCUUACUGCUGAGAUACAGAAUGAGACGUUUCGAGUUUGGAUAACUACUGAACCACAUCCUAAAUUCCCAAUUACACUGCUACAGAUUGCUAUCAAGUUCACAAAUGAACCUCCCCAAGGUAUACGUGCCGGACUGAAAAGAACAUUUUCUGGAAUUAACCAGGAUCUGUUAGAUGUUAGAAAUAUGCCUAUGUGGAAACCUUUGCUUUACACUGUAGCUUUCCUGCAUUCUACUGUUCAGGAACGACGCAAGUUUGGGCCCUUGGGUUGGAAUAUUCCCUAUGAAUUUAACUCAGCAGACUUUACAGCCAGUGUUCAGUUUAUACAAAAUCACCUAGAAGAAUGUGACAUCAAGAAGGGGAUAUCAUGGAACGCAGUACGCUACAUGAUUGGAGAAAUACAAUAUGGAGGCCGAGUCACAGAUGACUUUGAUAAACGUCUUCUUAAUUGCUUUGCAAAGGCAUGGUUUAAUGAAAAGAUGUUUGACAGCACUUUCUGUUUUUACACUGGAUAUAAAAUCCCAGUGUGCAAAACCCUGGAACAGUAUUUUGAAUACAUCCAGUCACUCCCUGCCAUGGACAGCCCAAAGGUCUUUGGUCUCCAUCCUAAUGCUGAUAUUACAUACCAAAGUAAUACAGCAGCCGAUGUUCUAGAUACUAUUACCUACAUCCAGCCUAAAGAAAGUGGCGCAGGACCCGGAGAAACUCGUGAAGCAAUUGUUUAUCGUUUAGCUGAAGACAUGCUAGAGAAACUUCCUCCAGAUUACGUACCUCACGAGGUAAAAGCUCGUUUAACUAAAAUGGGAUGUCUUAACUCUAUGAAUAUUUUUCUUCGGCAAGAAAUUGAGAGAAUGCAAAAGGUCAUCACAAUAGUCCGCAACAGUUUGAAUGAUCUUAAAUUGGCCAUAGAAGGAACUAUUGUCAUGAGUGAGAAUCUGAGAGAUGCACUUGAUAAUAUGUAUGAUGCUCGAAUUCCUCAAGUAUGGAAAAGAGUAUCUUGGGAUUCUUCAACACUUGGCUUCUGGUUUAGUGAACUUUUGGAAAGAAAUACUCAAUUCUCUGCUUGGCUAUAUGAAGGAAGACCAAAUGUAUUUUGGAUGACCGGAUUCUUUAAUCCUCAAGGGUUCCUGACAGCGAUGAAACAAGAAGCAACUCGAGCUCAUAAAGGCUGGGCUUUGGAUAGAGUUACAAUCCAUAACAAAGUGCUAAAGGAAAACAAAGAAGAAAUUACAGCACCUCCUUCUGAAGGAGUGUAUAUCUAUCGGCUAUACUUGGAAGGUGCAGGCUGGGACAGAAAAAAUAGCAGACUCAUUGAAUCUACGCCGAAGAUUCUUUUUGUCCAGCUGCCUGUGGUGCACAUAUUUGCUGUUAAUACAAUCAGUCCUAAGGAUCCCAAGCUCUAUGUUUGUCCUCUUUACAAGAAGCCCAAGAGGACAGACCUGAACUAUGUUACAGUGAUCUAUUUAAGGACAUUAAAGCCUCCAGACCACUGGAUAUUGAGAGGAGUGGCUCUCCUGUCUGACAUCAAGUAA